GACCGACCGACGGACGGACGGACGGAGCGGCCGAAGGAGCGGCUGCAGGGCGAACGGACCGACGGGGCAGCGCAGGGAGCGGGGACGCGGCGGGACAGCGACAUGACCGGUCACAGGCAGCAGCCGAGCGGGCGCAGGAACCUCGGCCCUGCGCCCUCGCCUUCCCCGGGCCCGGGUCCCGGUCCUGGCUCCUCGGAGCGGGUGACGCUCAAGAAGGAGAUCGGGUUGGUGAGCGCCUGCACCAUCAUCGUGGGCAACAUCAUUGGCUCUGGCAUCUUCAUCUCCCCCAAGGGCGUACUGGAGCAUUCGGGCUCCGUGGGGCUGGCCCUGUUCGUCUGGGUCCUGGGCGGCGGCGUCACAGCCCUGGGCUCCCUCUGCUAUGCAGAGCUGGGUGUUGCCAUCCCCAAGUCUGGCGGGGACUAUGCCUACGUCACUGAGAUCUUCGGGGGCCUGGCCGGGUUCCUGCUUCUCUGGAGUGCUGUCGUCAUCAUGUACCCUACCAGCCUGGCUGUCAUCUCCAUGACCUUCUCCAACUACGUUCUGCAGCCUGUGCUGCCCAGCUGUGUCCCACCGGCCGCCGCCUCCCGCCUGCUGUCCAUGGCCUGUCUGAUGCUUCUGACGUGGGUGAACAGCUCCAGCGUGCGCUGGGCCACACGCAUCCAGGAUGUAUUCACGGGUGGGAAGCUGCUGGCCCUAUCGCUCAUCAUUGCUGUGGGCUUUGUCCAGAUCUUCCAAGGUCACUUUGACGAGCUGCGACCCCGCAACGCCUUCUCCUUCUGGAUGACGCCCUCGGUGGGGCACCUGGCCCUGGCUUUCCUCCAGGGCUCCUUCGCCUUCAGCGGCUGGAACUUCCUCAACUAUGUCACUGAGGAGCUAGUGGACCCUCGGAAGAACCUACCUCGCGCCAUCUUCAUCUCCAUCCCUCUGGUGACCUUCGUGUACACCUUUACCAACAUCGCCUACUUCACUGCCAUGUCCCCGCAGGAGCUGCUGGCUUCCAAUGCUGUGGCUGUGACCUUCGGGGAGAAGCUGCUGGGCUAUUUUUCCUGGGUCAUGCCUGUCUCCGUGGCACUGUCCACGUUCGGAGGGAUCAAUGGCUACCUGUUCACCUCCUCCAGACUCUGCUUCUCUGGUGCCCGAGAGGGCCAUCUGCCCAAUCUGCUGGCCAUGAUCCACGUCAGACGUUGCACCCCCGUCCCCGCUCUCCUCGUCUGCUGUGGGGCCACAGCCAUUAUCAUGCUCUUUGGAGACACCUACACGCUCAUCAACUACGUGUCCUUCAUCAACUACCUCUGCUAUGGCGUCACCAUCCUGGGCCUGCUCGUGCUGCGCUGGAGGCGGCCUGCUCUACACAGACCCAUCAAGGUAAACCUCCUGAUCCCUGUGGCAUACUUGGUCUUCUGGGCAUUUCUGCUGGUCUUCAGCUUCAUCUCGGAGCCUAUGGUGUGCGGGGUAGGCGUCAUCAUCAUCCUCACCGGAGUCCCCAUCUUCUUCCUGGGAGUGGUCUGGAGGAGCAAACCAAAGUGUGUGCACAGACUGGCCGAGUCCCUGACACGCUGGGGCCAGGAGCUGUGUUUCGUGGUGCAGCCGCAGGGCUCGGCAGAGGAGGAGGGCCCCUGGGCGGCCGGCCUGCCGCCUGCCUCAGACAAGCCCCUGAAGACACAGUGAGCGUGUGGCCGAAGCAGCCGUUACUGUUUACAUGUUGUUUAUUGAGGAGGUGUUUUUGCAAAAACAUUGUUUUCUUUUUUCCUGCAACAAAAAAAUAUCUAAUUCUUAGAGAGGUGAGCUUCCUGUUGUCUACCCUGCUGGCCUGCUUGGACAGUCCCUGAAUAAAACAGGCUGGUGGCCCCUGA